AUGGGCAGCUCCAUAGACACCACAAGAGUGAGCUUGAUUGUGGACUCGGGACCAGCCACAGACCGUAUAGAGUUGCCAAAUGUGUUCACCAAACACAAGAUCAACAUUCAGAGUACCCACAUGGCCAAGAUGGAAGAGAUAGCUGGACUACCCUACCUGCAGGGUAUUGACCUACCGUUUGCAGGCGAGAAGGAAGUUGGACUCCUGAUUGGUCAAGAUAUUCCGAGAGCACUGAUGCCUCUCGAAAUAAGAAGAGGAAAGGCAAAGGACGGACCCUAUGCUGUGCGAACGGCAUUGGGAUGGUCGCUACAUGGCCCAGUGAACAAAGUCGGCACAACAGAGCAGAACACUCAUGCUACCUCUACCUUCAUUCAAGGAGACAUCGGCCUGGAAGAACAGGUUCAUAAGUUUUGGAAGCUGGAGGCAUCCGAUACACUACAUGAUGAAAGAGGCAUGUCAGUGAACGACCAAAGAGCUCUGAAGAUGUGGAAAGGUGGAAUAAGCAUUGAUGGAGGACAUUAUCAGUUGCCAGUGCCAUUCAAGCGUCAUCCUCCAUGCCUGCCAAAUAAUCGGUGGUUAGCAGAACAGAGGUUGCAGAGUCUUGCAAGAAAGCUUGGCAAAGAUGACAGUCUCCGUCGUAAGUACCAAGAAGGCAUCGAGGACUUACUCAAGAAGGGGUAUGCUGAGGAAGUAGAGAAACAAGAAUGUCAGUCUGAAGAUCAGGCUAUCUGGUAUCUUCCUCACCAUCCAGUUUUCCACCCCAUGAAACCCGACAAACUACGCAUCGUGUUCGAUUGUGCAGAUAAGAGCGGAGGUGUGUCUCUCAAUGAUGAAGUUCUGCAAGGGCCAGAUCUGACAAAUAAACUUACCGGAGUCUUGCUGAGAUUCAGACAGGGACCAGUCGCCUUCAUGGCAGAUGUGGAGGCCAUGUUUCAUCAAGUUCGAGUACCAGUGGAAGAACGAGAUGUGUUGAGGUUCCUAUGGUGGCCAUCUGGCGACAUGACUCAACAACCAAAGGUGUAUAGGAUGUGUGUGCACCUGUUCGGCGGGACCUGGAGCCCCAGUUGCUGCAAUUUUGCACUGCGCCAAACAGCCGAUGAUAACCAAGACGAGUUCAGUCCUGAAGCUGUAGAAAUUGUGAAGCGCAAUUUCUAUGUUGACGACUGCCUGGUUUCCGUCGAGUCUGAAGAGAAGGCUGUGAAUCUAUCGGACGAGCUGAGAAAUCUGCUGCAAAGAGGCGGAUUCAAAUUGACCAAGUGGCUGAGUAACAAACCAAGUGUCCUGAAGUCCAUCCCUACUGAAGAACGAUCCAAGCAGUUGAAGGGUCUUGACCUAAACCUUGAUGCUCUACCUGUUGACAGAGCCUUGGGCGUCAGCUGGGAUGUUGAAAGAGACUGUUUGGGAUACAAGUUGUCACCUAAGGACAAGCCCCUGACGAGACGUGGGCUAUUGAGCAUUGUGUCAUCAAUCUAUGACCCCCUGGGAUAUGCCAACCCGUUCAUCCUGAGAGCGAGACUGCUACUCCAGGAGCUGACAAGAAUGAAGCUGGGAUGGGAUGAUCCAGUGCCAGAAGAGCACCGACAAAUAUGGCAAGGUUGGUCAGAAGAGCUAGCAGAGAUGAAGGAGUUUGAAGUUAACAGAUGUGUGAAGCCACAUGGCUUUGGCACAGUGACAGAAUACCAGUUGCAUCAUUUUGCAGAUGCCUCAGAGAAGGCUUAUGGAGCAGUGUCCUACCUUGUCAUGAAGAACACCAGCAGUGAGCUACACAGCAGUCUGGUGAUGGCCAAGUCUCAUCUAGCGCCAUUAAAGACAAUGACGAUACCUCGUCUUGAGCUUGCAGCAGCGACCCUUGCUGCUAAGCUUGAUGUUGCAGUGAAGAGAGAGUUAGAUGUACAGGAACCGAUCCACUCGACAUUCUGGACAGAUAGCACCAUUGUGCUGCAGUACAUUAGGAGUACAGACGGGAGGUUUCGCACAUUUGCAGCCAACAGGAUAGCUACCAUACAUAAUGCAUCAGAAGCAAGUCAGUGGCAUUAUGUAGACACAAAGUCAAACCCUGCUGAUGACAUAUCAAGAGGGAUGUCAGCCGGUGAGCUUAAGAAGAGCACAAGGUGGCUACAAGGACCAGAGUUCCUCCUAAUGCCACAAGAACACUGGCCGAAGGAACCACAAGUUAUGGAACCCCUAAGACAGAGUGAUCCGGACCCAAAAAUCAACAGUGAAGGAGUGAUGUGCGUUGGAGGGAGAUUGAAGAAUUCCAAGCUGCAGACACAAGAAAAACAUCCUGUCAUCCUUCCAAAGAAGAAUCACAUUGUCAAGCCAAUAAUUGGUGUAUCAAUGCUGUAUCAGGUCACUCAGGGAGAGAGCAUGUUAUGUCAUUGA